AAGUGUCUCCCGUUCUCAGGGACUAUUCUGAGCCUCUGCUGUCAAUUUCUUAUUCACACACAGCAACUGGUGGCAACUAAAAAUAGCCCCGCUGCGGUCCCGCGUGGCUGAUGGACGAUGAGCGCUGGCCGUGCUUGGGGCUUUCCCUGCUGCCCACUGGCCGGCUCAGCCCACUGCCUUCUGAGAGCCCUGGGCAGGCAGGAGGGGAGGCGCACUGCAGUGCACCUCCACGGAGCUCGGGCGGCCGCACGUGAGCACCCAUCGGAGCGGGGGUGCUGGGGAAGUGGCUCUGGGAGCCUGUCAAUCAAGAGCGCUUGGGCAGCACGUGCACAGGCUGUGGCUCAAACCCACCCUGGAGGGAGGCUGCUCUGAGCACCAGCUGCUGAAUGAGAAUGAGUUUGAAGCUUUUUGCAAGAUCAUGGAUCCUAGGCUCCGUUCAAUAAUGCAUUCCGUGGUAAACUGUUACCUGAGUGAAGACCCUAAAUUAUGCAUUUCCUGGGGAUCACAGUUGUAGCAGAAGAGGAUGCUGGAACCGCAGCAGGAUUCCUGCCUGAGGUGGAAAGAUGUCUCACUAUCAUUUUAUCAAGUGCUGUUGCUUCCAGCUAUGUAACGUGUUUCGAUCCCAUGAGAUGGAAAUUGACCAGUGCUUGCUGGAGUCGCUUCCCCUGGGCCAGCGGCAGAGGCUGGUGAGGCGCAUGCGCUGUGAGCAAAUCAAGGCGUACUAUGAGCGCGAGAAGGCGUUUCAGAGGCAGGAAGGGCUCCUGCGGAGGCUUAAGCCGGGCAAGAGCCCGAAGGUCCGCUUCAGCCUCGGAGACGUGAUUCAGGAUGCCAUCAUCCACCACAACGACAAAGAGGUGCUCCGACUUCUGAAGGAGGGGGCAGACCCGCACACCCUUGUUUCCUCGGGAGGAUCCUUACUCCAUCUGUGUGCCCGAUACGACAAUGCCUUCAUCACAGAAGUCCUGAUUGACAGGGGAGUCAAUGUCAACCACCAGGAUGAGGACUUUUGGACACCAAUGCACAUUGCCUGUGCCUGUGACAACCCUGACAUUGUCCUGCUGCUUGUAUUAGCUGGAGCCAAUGUCCUUCUCCAGGAUGUGAAUGGAAAUAUCCCCCUAGAUUAUGCUGGGGAAGGGACAGAAUCAAGUUCUAUUCUCCUGGCCUAUCUGGAUGAAAAUGGGGUGGACUUCACCUCCCUGCGCCAGAUGAAGCUGCAGAGACCCAUGUCUAUGCUAGCAGACGUCAGACAGCUCGUAUUGGCAGGAGGGAAUGUUAAUGAGAAAAACGAUGAAGGAGUUACACUGCUACACAUGGCAUGUGCAAGUGGCUACAAGGAGGUGGUGUCACUUAUCCUGGAGCAUGGUGGAGACCUCAACAUAACAGAUGAUCAAUUCUGGACACCCCUGCACUUAGCAGCCAAGUAUGGCCAGACAAACCUGGUGAAACUUCUUUUGCUGCAUCAGGCAAACCCCAACAUUAUGAACUGCAAUGAAGAGAAACCAUCAGAUGUCGCUGCCUCUGAGGUUAUUGAGGAGCUGCUUCUGAAAGCUGAAGUGGCCUGGGAAGAGCAAGUGAAAGAACCCCAGUGUGGCCCUGGCCUAGCACAGGAGGAGCCGUAUGAAGAGAUCACGCAUGACCUUCCAGCUCUUUCCAGCAAACUUCCCCUGGUGCUACCAAUUGCCAAGCAAGACAGUUUGUUGGAAAAAGACACCAUGUUCAGAGAUGCAUCACGCGGUCUCUGUAAGCAGCAGUCCCAGGAAGGCACUCCGGAGAGCUCUACUGUAAGUGGCGGCAGCAAACCUGAGCAGAUCCAGCUCAUGCCACCUGCUCCUAGUGACGACCUGGCCACGCUUAGUGAGCUCAACGACGGCAGCCUGCUGUACGAAAUCCAGAAGCGCUUUGGGAGCGACCAGAUACACACUUUUAUUGGUGAUAUCCUCUUGCUUGUUAACCCAUUCAAGGAACUGCCGAUUUAUUCUGCCAUGGUCUCCCAGCUAUAUCUCAGUCCCACAGGCCAGCGGGUCCCCUCACUGCCACCUCAUCUAUUCUCCUGUGCGGAACGGGCCUUCCACAGGCUCUUCCAGGAGCGCCAGCCGCAGUGCUUCAUCCUCAGUGGAGAGAGAGGGUCUGGGAAGUCCGAGGCCAGCAAACAGAUCGUGCGACACCUGACCUGCAGGGCCAGCUCCCACAGGGCCAUGUUUGACUCCAAGUUCCAGCAUGUCAACUGCAUCUUAGAAGCCUUUGGACAUGCCAAGACUACACUUAAUGCUCUCUCCAGCUGCCUCAUACAGUAUUGGGAGUUGCAAUUCUGUGAGAGGGAAAAGCAUGUGACUGGAGCCAGAAUUUACACCUACAUGCUAGAGAAAUCCAGGCUUGUUGUACAACCUCUUGGCCAGAGCAAUUUUUUGAUCUUCUCCUUGCUGAUGGAUGGGUUAUCCCCUGAAGAAAAGCAGGGACUCCACCUUAAUAAUUUAUGUGCACACCGGUAUUUGAAGCAGUGCAUGCAGCAAGACAUAUCCACAGCAGAGCGUUCUCUGAACAGGGAGAGAUUCACAACUUUGAAACAAGCUCUGAGUGCAAUUGGCUUCAGCAACGUGGAGGUGGAGAACCUGUUUGUCAUUCUAGCAGCAGUAUUGCACAUCGGAGACAUCCAGUUUACUGCCUUGACCGGGGCUGACUCGGCCUUCAUUUCUGACCUCCAGCUUCUGGAGCAAGUGGCCGGCAUGUUGCAAGUCCCCACAGACGAGCUGGCAUCAGCCUUAACAACAGACAUCCAGUAUUUUAAAGGAGACGUGAUAAUACGUCGACAUACUGUGCAGAUUGCUGACUUUUUCCGCGACCUCUUGGCGAAGUCACUGUACAGUCGCUUGUUUGGCUUUUUAGUGAAUGCCGUGAAUUUCUGCCUCCAGAGUCAAGAGGAGCACAGGAGCUCACAGACACUGGAUAUUGGGAUACUGGACAUCUUUGGCUUUGAAGAAUUUCAGAAGAAUGAGUUUGAACAACUCUGUGUCAACAUGACCAAUGAGAAGAUGCACCACUACAUCCAGGAAGUGCUUUUUCUACACGAGCAGGCCGAAUGUGUACAGGAGGGAGUUGCCAUGGAAACCAUCUAUUCUCCUGGUAACAAGGCUGGAGUUUUGGAUUUCUUCUUCAAGAAGCCGUCGGGGCUCCUCUCCCUGCUGGAUGAAGAAAGCCAAGGGAUUUGGUCAGUGGAACCAAGCCUUCCCAAGAAGCUGCAGAGUCUCCUGGAGUCGUCGAACACAAACACGGUGUAUUCCCCCGUGAAGGACGGCAAUGGAAAUGUCGCCCUGAAGGGGCAAGGCCCGGCCUUCACCGUCAUGCACUACGCAGGAAGGGUAAUGUAUGAAAUUGAUGGAGCAGUUGAAAAAAAUAAAGACUCCCUUUCACAGAAUCUUUUAUUUGUAAUGAAAACUAGUGAAAAUGUUGUGGUCAGUCAUUUGUUCCAGUCAAAACUGUCACAAACGGGAUCCCUGAUGUCUUCCUAUCCUUCCUGUAAAUUCCGAGGACAUAAAACUACCCUGCUCAGUAAGACAGUGACAGCUUCUUCAGUCACUGGAGUUAACAAGAAUUAUCUAGAACUUAGUAAGUUAUGGAAAAAGAAGGGAACUUCAACAUUCCUUCAAAGACUGAAACGAAGAGAUCCGAUCACCACAGCAUCACAACUCAGGAAAUCGCUGGCGGACAUCACUGGGAAGCUUCAGAGGUGCAGCCCACACUUCAUUCACUGCAUCAAACCCAAUAACUCACAGUUGCCAGAUGUGUUUGAUCACUUCUACGUGUCUGCUCAGCUGCAGUAUAUCGGGGUGCUGGAGCUGGUGAAGCUGGUCCGCUGCGGGUUCCCAGUUCGUCUGUCCUUCUCAGCAUUCCUGUGCAGGUACGAGCCACUGGCCGACGCCCUCCUGGGUGAGAAGAAGAACCAGGCAGCGGAGGAGAGGUGUCGUCUUCUUCUCCAGCGGUGUAACUUACAAGGCUGGCAGAUGGGAGUCCACAGAGUGUUCCUCAAGUACCGGCAUGUGGACCAGCUCAGUGAGCUGAGUCUCCAGCUGCAGAGGAAGAUCGUCACCUGCCAGAAAGUUGUGAGAGGGUUUCUGGCCCGCCAGCACCUUCUUCAGAAAGUGAGCGCUAAGCAGCAGGAGGUCGCAUCCAUCAAGAGCUUUCUGCAGAACACAGAGGACAUGGCCCUGAGAACCUAUGAUGCAUUAGUCAUUCAGAACGCUUCAGACAUUGCCCGGGAACACGACCGGCUCCGGAAGGAAGUGCAUGCUUCCUGCCACAGAGAGCAGCUGGAGGCCAGGAGCAAGCCAGAGGACGGGAUCCAAAGGCCUGAAGACCAGAAUGGGCCCCGGCAUGCCCACUCCGGCUGUGUGCCAGUCCCCAUGGCAGUGGACAGCCUAGCCCAGGCCCUUGCCAGCCCAUCCACCCGGUCUCCAUCACUGCACUCAGUGCUCAGCAUGGAUGACAGCAGCAGUCUCCCAUCACCACGGAAACAGCCUCCACCCAAACCAAAGAGAGACCCCAACACACGACUGAGUGCCUCCUACGAAGCUGUGAGUGCCUGCCUGUCGGCUGCCAAGGACACGGCCAAUGAAGCUCUGACUCGUCCCAGGCCUCACAGUGAUGACUAUAGCACCAUGAAGAAGAUCCCCCCUCGAAAGCCAAAGCGAAGCCCCCACACGAAGCUCAGUGGCUCCUACGAAGAGAUAUGGGGACCCCGGCCUCCAGGAGUGGCCUGCCAGGCGGGCAUACAUCAGGUGCCAGGGCUGCUGACCGUGCAGUGGGCCGGGGCAGAUGCCCUGCCACAGCGCACCCCACAGCUGCAGCUGCGCCUGCCCCUGCCCCAGGGGGACUACGAGGAUGACCCUGAACCCGUGUACAUAGAGAUGGUGGGGAACGCGGCCGGCGCGGGUGCGCUGGAGGCCGACAGCCCUGGGCAGGGUGAGUCUGUGUAUGAGGAGAUGAAGUACUUCUUGCCCGAGGAAGGCUGCGGCCGAGGUACGCUCUCCUUCCUGCCUGGCUCGCCUCCUCUGCUUCUGGAGACUCGAAAGACCGUGGCCUUGGAGGCUGCUGAGGGGAGCUUCCAGACCCUCAAAGACGCUUGCGACAUCCCACCACCCUUCCCCAACCUGCUUCCCCACCGGCCGCCUCUCCUGGUCUUUCCUCCCACCCCGGUGACCUGCUCCCCAGCCUCUGAUGAGUCGCCCCUGACACCCCUGGAGGUAAAGAAGCUGCCGGUUCUGGAAACCAACCUCAAGUACCCUGUGCAGUCCGAAGGCUCCAGCCCCUUGUCAGCACAGUACUCCAAAGGCCAGAAGGGGGACAGCGGCCGGCCUGCGUCACCAGGCUUCCCGGCGUUCAACGGGUCUAGCCAAGUGUCUCCACCAUCCACGCCUCCACCGCCCCCAGGCCCACCCCCAGCGCCCUGCCGGCCACCCACACACUUUGCCUUCCCACCCGACACUGUCCUGGUCACAACAGCAAAAACACUGGCCACCUCAGACCUGUCCAGACCACAGCCAAAGCCCAGCCCAGCCCCAGUGGCCAGUCCCUGCAGUUCCUUCUCCAAGGUCCCAUAUUCUCCUGGAAGGGCAGCCAGAGCUGACCUCAGGAAGGCCACAGCCACUUCCUCCCCUCCUGGACCUUACAGUCCACCCAACACCAGGUCACUGGCCAGCCCCCUGGAUGAGCUGGCCAGUCUCUUCAACUCGGGAAGGAGUGUGCUGCGCAGGUCCGCGGCAGGACGGAGGAUCCGGGAGGCCGAAGGUUUUGAGACUAACAUGAACCUAACUAGCAGGGAUGAUCCUAAUAUACCAGAAAUUGCUUCGGAGACUCAAGAUAGAAAUGCAAACAGCCAUCAUGGAACUCCAUUAUCCAACACACUGUCCAGUGCCGUAGCUGCUGAAAAUGGAAACUCUGUCUCGAAUGGUUUAACCGAGGAUGACAGCUGCUCCAGGUUGUGUCUGAGUGGCACAGGGACGUCCUCAUUUCAGAGACAUCGGGAGAGUCACACGACCCAGGUGAUCCAGCAGCUGAGGCUGUCGGAGAACGAAAGCGCCGCCCUGCAGGAGCUGCUGGACUGGAGGCGGAAGCUGUGUGAGGAGAGAGAAGAGUGGCGCCACGUCCUGGCGCACGCGGAGCCCCGGGCACCGCCGCCGCCUCCCUUCAAGAAGCCCGCGCUCCUGAAGAAGCCCGAGGGGGGCCCGGGCGCCAGGCUGCCUUCUGAGCUCUGGGACAGCACCGUGUGACGCGGCCUGGGCACGGGCAGGCCCAGCUGCCUCGCGACGUGACGGCGGCUGCAUUUCAGGAGGCUGCCCCCACCCCUGGGUCACCUCUCAGGCAUUCUCACAAAAGCACAGCACACUGACCGACUAAGAGAGAGAGAGAAUGCGUGUGUGUGCGUGUGUGUGUGUGUGCGCGCGCGCGCGCGUGCGUGCGUUUGCUCGUGCUUGUGCGCAUUAGUUCCUUCUUUCCCCUUGUGUGUGACACCCUGGUUUUUAGGGCCAUCCUGUCCCCCACACAGCAACAGAGGCCAGGAAGAGUGGCUGAGGUGGGAGGCAGAGCAGGGGGGACGCCCUGGCUCCAGCGCACCGACGGAUCGCUCAUUUCCCCCUGGGUGUCUUGAAUUGCAAUCUGAUGGUGAUUUACGUGUUUAUUACCACAGCUUAUAACCUGAUACAAUUGGUGGUGCUCUCUUUCUUCAAAAUACAGAUUUUAAAAAGUCAUUUCCAGGAUUUUUUUUUUGUUUUUUGAUUCUACACGCUUUCUUUUUUAACUGAAAGACCUAAAACUGCAGAUUGUGCUGUGUGCUGUUCUGGCUUUUCCCAAACCCUGCAGGGUCUAGACUGCUUUGCACCAGGAGCUUGCUCUGCCCUGCAUGCCAUUUCCUCUGGGAAUGUGGCUUUGGCACUCAUUGGCUAAGCUUUCCCCCAACUCCCCAGCUUGGCAUAGAUUACAGGACAUUCAUGGCCCUCAGUUCAACGCACAUGGCUUUAAGCUCCUAGCUGGUGAUGCCACGGUCACUUUCACUGCCGGGUCUCAGCAGCGUCCCCGGUGGAGCAGAGCGCUCCGUUUCCCCACCGUCCUGCAAGGCCUGUUCCUCCAUGUGCUUCUGCGUGCUGUCAGCAAAUCCUCCAGCCAGCCUGCCCUGCUGCUUGGAACUUUCUGUUCUUCUUAGCCUUUGAAAAGCUACUGUACCAAUAAAAGGGUGCAACCAUG